AUGGUACCACGAAAACUUUCAGACGAACAACUCGAAGAAAUUCGUCUUAUGCUUGAGACGUUUACAGCCGGUCUACAAGCGGCCUUACAAACUUCUGUAACCACCGCCCUACAGACGGCGUUACAUGAGAAUCGCAUCCAGCAAGCGGCUCAGGGAGCCAACCCACAGAAUCAACGAAAUCAACAGGAGGCUAGAGAGGAAGAAUCAGAAGAUGAGGUCCAGCUGAGAACGUGUUUGCUGAACACGCCAUCAAUCAACAAGGACGGCAUGGUGAUAACAAUAACGACCACCGUAAUGCGCAUGGUGCUGAACACGACCAGCGACCAAUUCAAAACCGUUGGGAGACCAUUUUUCGUUCCGAACUUCCUGAAUUCCAUGUUUCGUCAUCAACGUGCCAUCUCCAUGGAAAGUCAACUUCGGCCAUCAUGGAACUCAAACUCACGAACUCGCUUUAACUACUCAAGCGACAACGCAACAACCGCAUCAACCGAUGGAGCCAGUGCACGAACAGAGCCUGCUAAAACAGGCCAGAACUCGGACACUAUCGCCAACUCUCGGCCAGCUCGUACCAAUGCCCUUCGCUGUUUCACUUGUGGAGAGCGAGGGCACAUCCAAACUGUGUGCCCCAAACAAGUUAAACGUGGUCUGGUUAUACAAGAAGGUGAUGAGGAAGAACCAGUGUACGACAAUUACGAUACAGAGCAUGAUGAGACCACAUACGAAUUACAUGGUGAUACAGGCCUCAGCUUAGUACUUCGUCGCAACUGUCUCCUUCCCAGAGCACCACAAGAGUCAUGGCUACGUUCUAAUCUGUUUCGAUCUACCUGCACUAUCAAUGGCAAAGUAUGCAAACUAAUUAUUGACUCGGGAAGUUGUUCUAAUGUCAUCUCCACCGAUGCCGUGAAGAAACUGGGUCUAGAUAUCAAACCACACCCGUCACCUUACACACUCGCCUGGCUCAACAAUGGUAACGAGAUCAAAGUUUCCCAGCACGUGUCUCUCUCAUUUUCCAUUGGCCACUACAAGGAUUCGACAACUUUUGAUGUCGUUCCUAUGGACGCGUGUCAUAUAUUACUUGGACGAUCGUGGCAGUUUGACCGUGAUGCAGUCCAUCGGGGAAAAGCAAACACGUACAGCUUUGUGUUCGGGGAUCGCACAAUCACUUUGCUUCCCUCAAAGGAGCAACCGGAACCAAGCACUCGUACUAAGCAAGAGUCUUCGCCCGUUGCCUCCACUCAAACUCUGUUAACCAUUCCUAGAGCAGAACUCGAGGAGCAUGUCAGCAACGGCGAGUUACUUUGGGCACUCAUUGCUUCACCAGCGUCGACAAUACCAUCCUUCACAACACCUCCACUACUCGACGAUGUGCUUCAUAAAUUCAGUGACGUCUUCCCUGAUGAACUCCCCAGCGAUUUGCCACCCCUGAGAGACAUUCAACAUCACAUUGACUUAGUGCCUAACGCAGUGCUUCCUAAUAGGCCGCACUAUCAUAUGAUUCCGCAGGAACAUGACGAACUUAGACGCCAAGUAGAAGAACUUCUCGCUAAAGGUCACGUAAAAGAGAGCUUGAGUUCAGCAGCUGUCCCAGCAUUGCUUAUUCCUAAAAAGGACGAUGAACUUUUGGAUCAAAUCGGACGCGCCACCCUGUUCACUAAACUCGACCUUAAAAGUGGAUACCAUCAAAUAAGGAUUCGACCAGGUGAUGAAUGGAAGACAGCGUUCAAAACUUGGGAGGGACUUUUUGAAUAG